UAGUUGUUUAAGGAAGAUAUAUUAUUUAGAAUAAUAAAUAUACCGGGAAGGUAAUUAUAUGUGUAUGAGCGGGUACCCAUGGGGCGGGUUUACCUAAACCUAAACCCAACCCGACCCGAUGAAUAGUGUAGCGGGUUUAAACCCAAACCCGGCCCAAAACCCGUCAACACGGGUUUUACCCGCGUUGACCGGGUUGGGUCGGGUGGGUACCCGUGGGUUCGAGUUUUGUUGCCAUCCCUAAUUGGGUGUAGCACAUAAACUCAAUGUCAUAUGUUGCCCCUAAAUGGGUCAACAACGCAGUGGGUUGGUUAGGACGCCACAUAACCGUAAGCGAAAGAGGAGAUACGGAUUUUUUAAAGAAUCUUUCUCCUUAUAUGAUAUCGAGAUCCAAAUAAUUUGGAAUGAUUUGAUUCCAAUUACGUGGCUUAUACCAAACCAAAUGAAUCACCAAACACGGCCAUGAUGAAGCUCCUACAAUUCCAAAAUCAAUCACCCGCUCCAAGAAGAACCAUUACCGAUCCGGAUCAUUCGCUGAGCACCCAGAUAUGGACUCUUGCUUCGAGGAAAACCCACUUCUCGUCCUCAGCCAAGGAACCAUUCCUCGUGAUGAAGCCCUCCUCCUCGAUUUCAAUCUUCGUUGUUCCCUUUUUCUUGUUCCUCGUUUGCGCCACUCAAGCUAUAAAAACCCUGUUUCGCCCACGGGACGUGCUGCCGCUGUUACCCAAGGAAGUUUCCUGGCCGGUCCUUGAUUAUCUGAAUGGUGCGGUGGAUCUUCUCCUAACUUUUGUGGGCGCCGCCUCUUCUCCGGACAACGCAGCGGUGUGGAAAGGCGCCUGCUUUUACAAGAACGAGGCUUGGAUGGAGUUCCACAAUAAGACUGGGAGCCAAUUUGGCGGCGGUACCCUUCACCUUUAGGUGAUUCUUCUGCUCCGAAACUUGUCCUUUGAGUAUGGUUCUUUGAAUCAUUUGCUUGUUCCGGAUUCUAAUGUUUCAUUAAACCUCUGGGCUCCGAGUGUACUAGAUAGACGCAGAAGUAAUUGCUUAGGGAUUGACUGUUUAGCUCUUUAGGUGACUUCCAUUUCAUUGCUAAUUAGUUUAGCCUAGAUAAUCUGGAUUGCAUGAAGCUUCUGCAGUGUUUAUGUGCCCAGAUCGCAAUGACAUGAAGUCACUCUUACUUUGCAGAGUUCUUCUGCUUGUCUUGGAUGAUUUCGCUGAAAUUAUGGCAAUUUAGUAACAGGGGGUUUAUGUUACUUCGAGCUCUUGAUUAGGAUUCUUUGUGUUCGUUCUUAUUUCUAUUAGGUUUGGUGAAUCUCGGGAGCAUUGGUUGUUUGACCUUACACAGGAAAUGAGUUUACUACUUGUAUUUGCUCUUCUAGUUUAGUCUACUUGCAGGUUUCUUUGAUGUUUGUUCUCUUUGUUGCAUGUUGUGUUCCUUGGAUGAUUGGCACGGCUGCCUGACACUUGAUUGUUUGUUAUGUUAAGAGGAGGAUUGGUUCCAGGGGUUCUUUUUUGCCAUUCCAUCCCUGCUUUCUAAUUUUUUGGAUGCUGUAUUGCAAAACAAUGAAAUGUGAAGUCUUUUUGAGUUUGUUAUUUGGUUGAAUGAACUAUCCAGAUCAGUGAAGCUCAUAGCUGGACAUGCAUGGAUCUUUAUCUCUUUGCAACUCCAUAUCGCGUAACUUGGGAUUACUACUUUAUUUCCCGGGAGCAUACUCUGGAAUUCGACGAGUGGGAAGGAAGAGCUGAGUAUGAAUAUGUAAGUUCCACACAUUUGUCUUGAAAGAGUUUGAAGUUGAAGAAGAGGGAUGGGGUUAUGGUACCAAAUGUACUACUUUGUUUCAAAUCAUAUUAAACGUCGUCUUCUUCAUCGUUACCUAUAAUGAACAUGUGAAAAACAAGGUGGUCUCAAUUUUUCUCGCGGAAGCAGGGAUGUUGGGCACCCUCACUGCUCUAUGGGAUGUCUUCCCCUUAUUCACAAAUACUAAAUGGGGUGAGAAUGC